CUUUGAGUGUAGUUAGUGUUUUGUAAAUGCAGAAUUGAUUUUUUUUUAUUUUUUUUACUCCGUAUGUUCUUUUGAGCUUGUAAAAUUCUUUGUUCUAUUAAACAAUUCAGAACUUUAUUUUUGUCAGAUGUAUAGGCCUAUUUAAUUUGCUUGGCUUUGACUGUAAUAUCAGUCAUAAAGGGCUGUAUUUUAUUGUGAUAAUUUGUUACUUUAACAUUAAAAUCCUGUUGACAUUCCCAAAACUUUGCAGAAUGGCCAGAAUAAUUUCAUGUAGGGUGGAUUGGAGUAAUGAUGUUUUAUGCAUUGGAUUUAUUCAGUUUCUUAUGAUUUCAGACCAACAAGUGGGACCUUGACUACAUUACAACCCUGCUAGAGUACACUAAUAAUAUAGGAGCAAUAAAAUCUAUAAAAGAGCUUAAAUGUUAAACAUUACACAGUCCUAUAUUGGCCUAAUUCACCCAAUCUGAAUAAAUCUAAUGUGUUCUGGUCACCUAAAAGGAGUAUUCUGGGUUCAUUAAAAGUUGAGAUCAAUCUACCAUAUUUGUGGCAUAAUGUUGAUUUCACAAAAUUAAUUUGACUCAUCCCUCCUUGCUUAAAAAGCAAAAAGGAGGUUUUGGUGAAGCAAUUACUGUGGAAGUGAAUGGGGCCAAUUUCUGGAGGGUUUAAAGGCAGACAGAUAAAACUUAAUUUUCUGAUAGCAUUUACAUUACAACUUUUGCCAAAACUCGUGUAUUUGAGCUGUAAAAUUGUUGAAACCGUUUUUACAGUCCUUUUUUGGGUUUGGAGUAUUACGGCGUCAUAGUAACGGAAGUUAAAUAAGUGGACAAGUCGAAAUUACUUUUGUGAUAAUCAACACAAGCUGUCGAAUGAGGUUUUCUUGAACACAAUAUUUUCAAUAACACUUGUUGAGUCAGUGUUUUCACCCUGUUGGCAUUUGUUGGGCCGAUUUGAUAAUGUCAUUUGUGCUUCUCAACAUUCUUAAUUCAACUGCAAACUUUAGAAUGUAAGAGUUUGUUGGGAAAGUGUUAAUUGGUAGUCAUGACGACGAGUUUGUUAUGGAAAUGCAGCGUGUGAGCCAUAAAGUUAGCAGCAGUUCAAUUGGGCUCACUGAUCAAGUUGGCUUCUGUAUACAGAUAAAGGUGAAUUGGUACGGUCAUAUUUCUAGGUAAACAGUAAGAGCAGGUACGGUUAAAUCGAUGUUAUAAAUUUCAGUGCUCUUGAAAAAGGCCUGCAAACGGCUCAGGAAGCUGACGGGAAAGACCAGAGGGAAACGAAGGCAAAUUUCGUUUAUUAAAUCACAAUGUCACAAGCUACGAGGAAUUCAGCCUCUGUUACCUGAGAUCCAGCCAAGAAGUACAUCAGAAUUCAGUCGUCACUGGCGAGGAUUUGCUGGGAGCUCAUAUGAAAAGUAUAACCUUGUCAGUCUGGGAGGCAAAGCUUUGCAGGAAAACUUCAGCACUGAGCUUUCCCUUGGGCUUAUAGGCGACUUCAUUCUGAUUCUGUCACAGUGUCUCAAUUAAGAGGACGAGGAAAAAGUGAUCGGAGUGUUGGACUGGCUCUCCCAGACUGGCCGUUUUAGCCUCAACCUGUCUCGGCUUAGUCAGGCUGAGGAAAAAAAAUAAAAAAUAAAACCCUGUGAGGAGCUUUUCGACAAGCUGCAGGUUGCAUUUGGAGAACGUCAUCCUUCUAAAUAGGAUUCUUCUUUCUUUUCUGUGGGCAUCAAUAAACCUUCAGGGGUUUGUGAGGCCAGUCAGACAAAUGUGAAUGCAGAUGACAAUGGCAUAAUGGUAAAAAUCAAAGUAAUGGAAAAAUAUAGCCUCCAAAAUAUUUAAUAAUAGUUCAUAGUGAAAUAUUACCAGUGUGUGUAGAUUUUGUAUUUUUAUUUCAACCACUUGUGUGGACAGUAUCCCGCUCUUAGGAAAUGCAAAGACGUGUUUAUGGCACAAAUAUGCUAAAAGAAGUGCUUGUAAUUUGUUUUUUGGCAAUCUGCCCUUUGUUAGUUUCUACCUAUGAGGCCCCUGAGGAUAAACAAGACAUCUUUGCAAGCAAGGCCUGUCCUGCAUUUCUUGUCUUUGAGAAUUUUGCCUUGCUAGUUGACAUGACAAUUGAACUGCCUUGUCACUGUAAGCCAGAGGAAGUUCACUCAGUGGUAUGGUACUAUCAAAAACAAAUUGGCUCCAUGAACUCCAAGAUCCUGACAGACUUUGAAGGUACCAAAGUGCUGGAAUCAUCUAAAGUUGGCAGAGGAUCGGAUCUGCUAAGUCGCUUUUCAAUCCGUUUGUUUAGCCUUCUCAUCUUCAGGGUUCAGAGGGCUGACUCGGGGCACUAUAUCUGUGGCACAGCCUCUGGAGAAUUCUUCUAUGGCCACAAUGUUGAUGUCCAGGAGGUCCAUCGAGUUUUAUUUCCCUGGAACCUCAAUCAGAAAACACAAGCACAAGCAGCAGAACCCAGCACUAUUAAAACCAAGCUGUUCCAGGUGUUCACCAGCUACAGGCCAUGGUCUAAUUGUGACCGCUGUGACAUCCAGGGGGAGCAGACCCGUGUGGGCCUUUGUUAUGUUAAAAGCAUCUACCUCCACAUACGUUACCGCCAUGAAUCGGAUACAGUGGCUCCUUGUGGCUCCUCAGCUGUUCCACCGAGCUUUGGACUUUCAAGCAGGAGUUUUGGAGCAAAGCUUGAGGUGAGGAACUGUCACACUACCUGCCCUCCAAAACCUAAAGUAUCCCCAGAGAAACAAGCUCUGUUGAAGUUUCUUGAGUAUGAUAAUCGAGAUUCAGCAGAAGUCUCCAUCCACUUCCACAACCACCCCAUAGACUCUGAUCUGGUCCUGACCUGCCCUGGCGUCAAACCACAGUAUGCUGUGGCCUGGGAUAAAGGCUCAGUACCGCUUUAUCGCUCUCAAUAUAUGGAGGGACUGAAUAAGACUUCUCGUGUCUUCAUUGACACAGGUCACCACCUACACUUCAGGCCAGUACGGUUAGAGGAUAAAGGCUCGUAUUUCUGCUGGCUCCAAGGAAAGCUAGCAGCAGAGAUCAGACUGGGAGUAUAUCUGCGCUUGGGUCGCUUGCGCCAAAUCUAUGACCCAGAGUCUGCGUAUGCCCUUCAAGCAAUACUUGUUUGCUACGUUGGUAUUACUGUUCUGUUUCUCCUCACUGUGUUAGCAAGAUUUGUUUGGCAGUUCAUCAAUGAAGAAAAGAUUGCAGAUAUGAACAGAACUUAAAUUUGUUGUAGUUUAACCAAUGUUAAGUUGGUACUGUUAAGUGCAAGAUGAAAAGGGAAUAAAUAUGCUGCAAACUUA